AUGCCACAGCUGUUUCCAACCAACCCCUCUGCGACCAUGGUAAUUCGCCAUGUGACGCCAGAAAUAGUUACCAUGAGCCUGCCAUUCUCACGAUUUGGACACCUGCAGUUUGGCGGGCGAGGGACGCUGGUCAAGCUUGCCACCGGCUCCCUCGCGGUAUUCUCACCCGUCGGCCUAACCCCCGAAGUCCGCGAGACAGUCGAGUCCCUCGGCGGAAACGUCAGAUACAUCACGGCGCCAGACAUCGAACACCACCUCAACCUCACCCCAUGGAAGAACGCAUACCCGCAAGCAGAGAUCCUGGCCCCGGAGGGUCUCUAUGAGAAGCGGCAAUCGAACCCGGAGUUCCAGGACACCCCAUUCAAGCACAUAUUCAAGAAGGACGAUCAACUGCCGCGGUCGAUCUCGAAGGAGUUCGAUGCUGAGUUUGACAGCGAAUAUGUAUAUGGUCAUGGAUCGCGCGAGUUGGUGUUUUUGCAUAAGCCCACGCGCACCGUCAUUGAGGCAGAUCUGCUCUUCAACCUCCCCGCUACGGAGCAGUAUUCCAAGACCCCCGAGGCGGGAACUAAUUUCCUUACCAAGCUUAUUAUGCCGCUGUUGUCCACCAAGCCGCCGGCUACAUGGCAAAGACGGUUUGCGUGGUAUAUUCUCUCCUCACAAGAUCGGGCUGCGUUCAAUGAGUCUAUGAGAAGGAUUGAUCAGUGGGACUUUGAUCGUUUGAUUCCAUGCCAUGGUGAUACUAUCGAGACUGGUUCCAAGGGGAUAUUCCGCGAUGUGAUGGCAUGGCACUUGAAGCAGAAGAAUACAUAG